GUUUUCUUUUCUCUUUUCUUUCUCUUCAGACUUUGUUAUUUCUCCCUUAGUUGUGAAGGAAGCAAAAAACAGGCAAUAGCAGCAAUCCUUGUUCUUAUGACGACUGAUUCAAUCUUAAUUCUCGGUGGGGUGGGAUUUAUUGGCCGCCAUUUUGUGCAUUAUGUCGUGCAGAAUAAUCUCGCGCAAUAUGUUUGCGUUGUGGACAAGGUCCUUCCCCAAACAGCCUAUCUGUCCGAGGCGCAUAAGGCGUCAUUUGAGAAAGUUGAAUUCCGACAAGGCAACUUGAUUCACCCAGCUUCAGUGGCAAAUUGCUUUACCAAAGCCGAUGGUACAGAGUUCGACUAUGUGUUCAACUUUGCUGCAGAAACCAAAUACUCGCAGGUUUCGGAGGUCUAUCAAGAGCGUAUUGUACAGUUGUCUGCUAACUGCGCAAAAGAAGCCGCGAAGCGCAAGGUCAAGGUCUUCACCUGCAUGUCAACUGCUGAAAUCUACGAUAACGAUCAGGGUGCAUCGACAGAAACUUCCAAAGUCAAGCCAUGGACAACGAUUGCGAAAUACAAGCAUCGUGCUGAAGAAGAGCUUGGAAAGAUCGAGGGAUUGAAUCUCGUCGUUCUGCGACCUUCCCUCGUAUAUGGUACUGGUGCAUUGCUUGGCUUGACGCCACGCCUUAUCAUUGGUCGAGUGUACAAGCAUCUCAAUGAGGAAAUGAAGUUGUUAUGGUCAAAAGAUCUCAAGCUGAACACAGUGCAUGUGGAUGAUGUGGUUAGAGCAACCUGGCAUGCUGCUAAAUGGUAUGUGGACACGGGUAAAAAGCCGGAAGACGAUACUCCCUUUUUCAACUUAGCAGAUAAGCAAGAUACAGAUCAAGAGACGAUUAAUAAGCAUUUGCGCGAUAUCUUUGGUAUCGAAACGGGUUACCAUGGUACUGUUGUUUCAAGUUUUGCAAAGUUGAAUCUGGAUUCGGUUACUGAAGAUGUGAACGAGAAGCAUUUGGCGCCUUGGGCCGAGCUUUUGAAAAAAGCGGAUAUUCACACUUCCCCUCUGUCGCCGUAUUUGGAUGAGGAGUUGCUGUACAAUAAUGCAUUGUCGGUUGAUGGCUCCAAGAUCGAACGAGAAACAGGGUUCUCUUACAGCGUGCCCAAGCUGACCAAGGAACGGCUGGUUGAAAUUAUUGACGAUUACAAGGCGCGAAACUUUUGGCCAGCAGAAGAUUAGAAUUUUUCUCCUCUCUCCCUUCUUUCCGAGCUAUACCCUCUCUCUCAAUUAAACAAGUAAUUCCACUUCAACCAACUAGUAUACAAAGACAUACACAAGUGCGCGCCCUUUCUCGCUCCUUACUUUUUCUAAAAAAAGCAAAAACGCAGGUCGUAAAAUACAUCAUACACGUAUAAACCUACAAACUAUCUUUACCCCCUGCGUACGACGAUAAUUUUGGCUUAUAGUAUAAGAUGUAGUACAUGUACUGUGCAAUAUAUCAGAGAAAUCUUCGUGCUACUGUACUGGCUACAUUUGUUUUGUUUGACAAUAUGUACAGUAAUGCAAUAUUUGCCGAUUAUCUUGGUUCAAUGAAAUGCAUGUACGUCUGACAAUGUACUGUAUCUCCAAGGAAUAGAUUGGUUUGUAUGUAUC